AUGAGUAACCGCCAUCUGCCGGCUGGGCAGAACAUACAGGGAGGAGCUGGUGGAGUCCCCGGGGUCGAUAUGGUCGGCGGUCCUGGAGGGCCUCGUCGGAGGCAGGCGCCUCCGUAUGUGCCGCAGUAUCAACAGCAGCACCACCAGCACCAUCACCAGCACAUGAAUCCCAUGUAUGGUGGCUACACCCAGUUCGCGCCCCAGCCUUACUACGGCAUGCCACCGCAGUACCAGAACGCCCAGUACCAGAACGCCCAAUACCAGCACCAGUAUCUCAAUGGACAGUACCAGAACGGGGGUAUGCCCUCGCCUGGCUACAUGCCGUAUCAGAACUAUGCUCGGUCGCCGCCCUCCAUGCACCAGUACGUUCCGAUGGUCGGCGUGAGCGUGCCGCCGAGCUACCCUCCUCGUCCUGCUCAACAACAUUCUCCUGCGCUCUCGACUCCCUACCAGCCCCCGCCUGCGCCGGCUCCGAUUCCGCCCCAUACGCCAUCAUCCACCAACUCCUCCCAGAUGAUGCCUCCCCCGACUCCGCCGACGCCGCAAACUACAGAGCCGCAAGCCCCUGUCGUUCCUGCUCCCGCUCCCGCCCCUGCCCGGGAGCCUUCGCCGGCUCCGAAGGCUAAGGAGCCUUUCCGUGCUCCCCUUCCUUGGCUUUCCCACCCUGAUGUCGAGUUUCCUGUCAGAACCACCAAGUCACGACGGAGGAGGAGACUCCUGAACGCCGACAGCCAGGCUGUAUCCUUGCCCGUCGAGCAGCACGAGGCCGCCACGGAGCAGUCUGAACAAGCCACCAUUGCCGAGACAGCGUCAAAAGAAUCAUCAAUUUCUUCCCAGACUCCUGCGACGUCCGCAGCUCCAUCCGAGACUGCUGCAACCCCUCGUCAGCCCACCGAGGAGUCUGCCGUACCCGUUCAAGCUUCCUCUACUUCUCAACGGUCCCGCACCAACACUGUGACUAGCAGCACCUCGACGGCCACCAGCAGACCCGCCACCCGCUCCUCCGCUGCUCCUGCUCCCGCUCUUCCUUCUCUGCCCAAGUCUGGGGCUAAAGACGCCAAGCCUGCUCGCGCUGAAAAGCCGGUCAAUGGCGAUGUGGUUGCCGAAACUUCGUCCCAGGAUGCGACGUCUACUACUGCCGAGAAGCCCACCGAGCCUGAUUCCGAGGCUGCAGAGGCACCUGCUCCUCCUGUGAAGCUUCCACCCUCAAGCUGGGCCAACCUUUUCGCGAAGCCUGCCGCCGCAUCCGUCGCAAAGACUGGUGCUACCAACGGUGCUGUUGCUGACAGCGCUACUACCAAUGGUCAUAGUGCGGAAGGUGUUGUUAGUACCACGAAUGGCUCUACUGCCAGUUUCUCAAAGGCCAAUGCCAACUCGGUUGCGGAGGCCAUUCAAUCUUUCCACGUUGGUCUUGCUGACCAGCUUUCGUUCCUCGAGCCUCGCGGCUUGAUCAACACCGGUAACAUGUGUUACAUGAACUCGGUGCUCCAAGUUUUGAUGUUUUGCGUUCCAUUUUUUGAUUUCCUUAGCCAGAUCAGCAAGCGAGCUGUUCAUAGCUUCAAGAGCGAGACACCUCUCAUUGACGCCAUGAUCAUGUUCAUGCAUGAGUUCAAGAUCAUCAAGUCUGCUUCUUCAGUCGAACCCCUGCGACGCUCUCUCAAGAAUGAGGAGUUGGAGCGCUAUGGCGAGCCCUUCACCCCUGAGUUUGUCUACGAAGCUAUAAGACAGCUCCCUCGUUUCGCAAGCAUGAGGCGAGGCCAUCAACAAGACGCCGAAGAGUUCCUGGGUUUCCUUCUCCAGUCUCUCGACGACGAGUGCACUUCUGUUAUGAAUAGCUCUAAUCUGGCAGAGCAGUCGGAGAAGGCCAAUGCCACUGAGGGGGCCACUGGUACAUCUGAUGAUUGGCUUGAGGUCGGCAGGAAGCAGAAGGCAGCGGUGACCCGAUCCGCCGGAUCCAACUCAUCAAGCCCUAUCUCCAAGAUCUUUGGCGGAUUGCUUCGAUCAGAGUUCCGCGUUCCCGGACUGAAAGACUCCAUCACCACUGAGCCCUACCAGCCGCUCCAGUUGGAUAUUGGGUCUUCAGAUGUUCGCAACGUGGUUGAUGCUCUACGGGGCCUCACCCGCCCUGAGCGUAUUCAGGGUGACUUCAACUCACCCCGAGGCAAGGAUGUGACGGCCACCAAGCAGGUCUUCAUUGAAUCGCUUCCUCCCGUUCUCAUCCUGCACCUCAAGCGAUUCCAGUUUGAUGCGGAGGGCAACGGAACCGUCAAGAUCUGGAAGAAGAUUGGAUAUCCUCUGGAGCUCGAGAUUCCUCGCGACGUAUUGUCUCGGCAGAAACGCCAGACCUACAGCGACGGAGCGAUGCCCAAGUAUAAGCUGAUCAGUGUGGUGUAUCACCACGGAAAGAACGCGAGCGGUGGACAUUAUACGGUUGAUGUGCGCCGCCAAGAGGGCCGUGAGUGGAUCCGCAUCGACGACACGGUCAUUCGCAGGGUGCGAAGUGAGGAUGUGGCCGAGGGCGGCGAAGAAGAAGAAGUGAAGGAAACUCGCAAGGAUGGUGCUGUCUCUGGUGGCUCGGGCAGCCGUUUCGAUGCCAUGACGGAGGAUGCAGGAGAUGAAGUCGGAUGGAACAAGGUGACGGCUUCCACUGGAGGGGCGAAGAAAUGGAGCAGCGUCGCCAAUGGGGCCAGCAACGGCACUACCAAGGCGAAGCCGGUCAAGGACAACAUCAAAGACAACAAGGUGGCCUACCUGCUGUUCUACCAGCGGGUAUAA